ACCCGACAUUCGCAUGUCAAGAUAGCAGACGAUUCCACUUGCCGAAAUUGACCGAACAUGUUAAGUCUGUUUAUAUUGUUUUAAAAACUACGGUUGCGAUUGUGGUUUAAAACAUCCCUAUACAAGAAAUUUCAUGGCUUCAAACCCAGUUAUGGAACUUGAAAUUUGGAAAGGUGAAUGGGGGUUACCCUCAGUUGACGUACAUUGCUUAGAAGUCAUGACUUAUGCAAAAUUCUCAGGGACACCAUUGAAAACUAAAAUUACCAAUAAUCCUUUCAAAACACCUCAUGGCUCUUUACCAGUUUUCCAACAUGAGAAUGAGUGCCUCACAAAAUUUGGAGAAAUAUCUGCAUACCUCAGAAAGAAUAAUCAUACUGCAGACUUUGAACUGUCUCCAAAGCAAUGUGCUGAAGCAUUUGCAUACUCUCAUCUCAUUUACGAGAAACUUGUUCCAGCACUUCAGUUUGUCUGGUGGAUUGAUUCAAAAAACUUUAUUGAAUUCACGCGCCCAUUGUAUGCUAAGCUUUUACCAUUCCCUUUGAAUUUCUACUAUCCUGGCCAGUAUGAAAAACAUGCCAAACAGUUAGCAAUGUCAUUGUAUCCUGAAGAGGAUGAUUUAUCUGUAAUUGAAACAGCUGUGUAUAGGCAAGCUGAUGAAUGUUUGUGUCUUCUAGCAACUAAGCUUGGAGAAAAAGAGUUUUUCUUUGGGCAGUCUCCAUCAUCAUUGGAUGCUGUAGUAUUUGCUCAUCUUGCUCCAUUAUUGAAAGCUCCAUUGCCAAGUGCUGCACUUCAAAACCAUCUUAAAGCAUGUACAAAUCUUACUCGUUUUGUGGGGCGUGUUUUGCAGCGAUAUUUCCCCAAGGAAAUCAAAGAUCAGGAACAGGCUGAACGGAAAAUUACAAAGCAGGAAAGUGAAUAUUCAGAUUCCGAAUUUCCAAACAAGUUGCGGAACAUAAGCAUUGCUGCACUGAUUUCUCUCGUGGCGAUGACAGCAUAUGCGAUGUCUACUGGCAUUAUACAGGUGGUGCCAGCAGACGAAGGGGAAGAAGAAGACUGAUUACAGUAUACCAAUAGGAUGGCUAGUGCCCGUACUCAUUCAGCUUUUUUUAGUAGGCAUAUGUGAUCAAGUCCAGCAUAAAAAGAAGAAAAAGCCUUUCCAUACCAUCAGUCAAAUAAAUCUGUGUAUUUAGUCAU